AUGCCGGGCAGCGGAGCCUGGACGCUGGCGCUGGCGCUGGCGUUCCUGCCCUCGGGGGAAGCCCAGCCAGCCCAGGAGUGCUCUCCCGAGGGCCACCAGAUUCUUCAGAGUCCUUACAGAAGUAUCCACUUUGACUCCAUGCACCUUCAGCAGGCAGCUGGUCAAGACCUCAUCUGUGACCAUUCCCUCUCCCCGGGAUGGUAUCAAUUCCUCAUCUUUGACAGACCUGCUGAGAUGCCAACCAAAUGUGUUGAGAUGAACCACUGUGGAACUCAGGCCCCCAUCUGGCUGUCUCUGAGAAAUUCAGAAACACUGCCCCCUCCUGGGGAGACCAAGCAUCUGACAGCUUGUGCGACAUGGCAGUUUUUGUUUAGUCCUAGGAAAGACUGCUGUCUCUUUCAAAUUCCAGUGUCUGUAAGAAACUGUGGGAAUUUUUUCGUGUACUUUCUGCAACCCACUCAGGGAUGUAUGGGCUACUGUGCAGACGCUAUUUCUGAUACAAAAUUACACACUUGUGGCCCUGAAGAAAUAGAAAUCAGAGGUGACUGUAUUGGUCAGUCUUUGGCCUCAUCGCCACCUUCACCUCCCGGAAGGCCAGAGGUUGUGGUGGAAGUGAUUGAGUCCAGGCUUUUCUGUAGGUGUGCAUUUGAUGUUUCCCCAACCAACAACUCAGUGGGAUUUCUUGUAGUGUGGUCUAGGCUUUCUUCUCAAGAGAUCAAAGAAGAGCUGAAACAAGAGACCACAGUUCAGGCAUUCUCUCUUUUAGAGCUUGAUGGCAUAAAUCUCAGACUUGGAGAUAAGAUAUUCUGUAGUGCUUCUGUCUUUCUCUUGGAGAAACCACAUGUACAGAGUUUGGCUAGUGAAAGCAGAGAAUUUUUUGCAGGCAUUAAGUUACAACCUGAAUUGAGCACUGUAUCAGAAGAUGGGAAAGAACAUCAGCUGAGGAUAGAGAGCACAGUUCCUAUUGUUUGUUCUGAGUUUAGUAAAUUUGAUCAAGAAUGCAAAAUCUCAUUAAAACUGAAAACUGUUGAUGAAGGUAAAGAACACCUUGGCUUAAAUUUGGCACUGUCUUCCUGUCAUGUGGACCUUCACCAGACCUCACCCUGUGCCAAUGGAAUCUGUAGUUACACUUUUGUGAACUACACUGCUGUACCAGACUUUUUCCCAGAUGGAGACAGAGUCACAAACAUCAUAGUGCAACCGAUAGUUAAUGAGGAUUUCCUGUGGAAUGGCUACAUUCCAGACAGCGUCCAGAUCAGAGUCAAGGAUAUCCCAACUGCUUACUGUUACUCAUUUACUGACCCACAUAUAAUAACCUUCGAUGGAAGGAUAUAUGAUAAUUUCAAGACUGGAACAUUUGUGCUUUAUAAGAGUAUAUCACGUGAUUUUGAAAUCCAUGUACGUCAGUGGGACUGUGGAAGCCUUUACUAUCCUGUGUCCUGUAACUGUGGGUUUGUUGCCAAAGAAGAAGGUGUUGUAGUUACUUUUGAUAUGUGCAAUGGUCAACUACAUGCAUCUCAACCAUAUUUAUUUGUGAAGAGCCAAGAUGUAUCCAGCAAUAUCAAGAUAAGUGAAUCUUACUUAGGAAGAAAAGUCACAAUUUGGUUUUCUUCUGGAGCAUUUAUUCGUGCCGACCUUAGUGAAUGGGGCAUGAGUUUAACAAUCAGAGCCCCUAGUUUAGAUUACCAAAACACUUUGGGCCUUUGUGGUACCUUUGAUGAAAAUCCAGAAAAUGAUUUCCAUGACAGAAAUGGGAUCAAAAUUGAUAAAAAUUUUAAUAAUUUUGUUGCAUUUAUUAAUGAAUGGAGAAUUUUGCCAGGGAAAAGCAUGUUUGACACAACACCAAUUUCUCUGACAUUGCCUGCAAAACCAUCCUACUGUAGCUGCUCACUGGAGACCACCUCAGAUUAUCGAUUUUCUAAUCAUCUGCACAGUGUUUCUCAAUCAGAAACUGCUUCAGGUUGCAAAGACAUCAAACAUGUCAGAUUCUCUUCUUUGAUACCAGAACUAGAUGUCACUUCAGAAUAUAUUAAUUCUAAAAUUCUUAUCAAAGGAAUAAGAAAGAAUACAUCUGGAGAAGAAAAUAAUUUGAAUUUCUUACUGCAAGAAAAGAAAUAUACAAACCUAACCAAACUGGACUUAAAUUUACAGUAUCCUGAGAAUGAAAAGCAGGAUGCAUCAAAAUAUUUGGACAGUGAGAAGCAAACACGGGAUGAGUCUGGCCACAGCCAAGAAACAAGGUGGAAUCGACAGAAGAGCUGGCAACGGCAAAACGUUAAUGCAUUUCCUCCUUUGUCUGCUUUCCAAAGUCUCAGCCAAACCAACCUCGAAGAGUUUACUUACUUUUUCCCUGAAGACCAUGCUGAAGAUGUCUACCAAGAAUUUGUCGCUUCAUGGCCCACACCUUCUGGUCUUACCAAGCACAGCACCUUGGCUCUCUGUGAGCAGACUCUAGCCAACUCUAGCCUUGGAAAACUCUGUCUUGCCUUUCUUGGCAAGAGAAUAAACAAUGUCAUCGAUAUGUGUGUUAAGGAUGUUCUGUUGAAAGAUGAUGUUAGCUGGGCCAAAGCAAGUUUGGCCCUUUUAGAAAAUGAAUGUGAAAGGAAGGUUUUGGAAGAGGGGAAAUAUAACACAGAAAAAUAUGGCAAGUCAAUUGAAGACAUUCUCCUGGUAUUAAAAUGCCCCAAUUUAUGCAGUAGCCAUGGAGAGUGUAUGGAGUGGGGGUGUGCAUGCUUCCCAGGCUUUAGCUCCUAUGACUGCAGUGAUUUGUAUGACAACCCUCCUGAAAUCACAGAGCUUGAGAAUGCUGGCUUCUGUGAUGUGCAAAAAUACAAUUGUGUGAUGGUGAAAGUUUUUGGUCAAGGCUUCAAAGAAUCACCUUCCAUUACAUGUGAAGUUACUAAACAGAAGUAUAAUGGCAGUAAAUGGGUGCUUGGAGAACCUGUCUAUGCACAGGCAGUUUUUCAAAAUAACGGAACUGUUGAUUGUCAGCUGCCCACUAGUUUCCAGCAGUCUGAUAGCCUUGAUCCAAUAGGUGUGAAGCCAAUUGCAAAGUGGCAACUAAAGAUAUCUAAUGAUGGUUAUAAAUUCAGUAAUCCCAAAACAAUGAUCAUAUAUGAUGGUGCUUGUCAAGAUUGUGGUCUCUAUGAAAAUGAUUCAUGUACAGUAAAGGAAAAUGGUUGCAUUAUCAAUGGAGUCUGCUACCCUGAAGGGGAUAAAAAACUUAACAGUCCUUGUUUGAUUUGUAGACCCAAAAUCUCAAAAUUUACUUGGUCAUAUUUAGAAAAUAACCAACCCCCUUUGAUGCAAACAUCACAAGACAAAUUACAGACAUUUUAUGGAGAAAACUUUGAGUACCAGUUCAUGGCCUUGGACCCAGAAGGCUCUGAAGUUCGUUUUACAUUGGAAUCUGGUCCAGAAGGAGCACAUAUCUCCUCUGCAGGAUUACUUACAUGGAAAGCAGAUUUGAAAGCUCCGCAGCGAUUCACUCUACACCUCAAUGAUGACUGUGAUGCGGAAACUAAAGUCACAGUUGAGGUGACUGUGAAGUCUUGUGAUUGCCUGAAUGCUGGAUCAUGUGUGCCUGACAGAAAAUUCCCUCCGGGGAGUGGAGCUUACCUGUGUGUCUGCUUGCCUGGAUUCCAUGGUGGUCUUUGUGAAGUGGUUGUCAAUGUGUGCCAACCAAACCCUUGUGGCCUUGGCAGAUGUACUAGAAGCUUGAACAGCUAUUUCUGUGACUGUUCACCUGAGCUCAAAGCCAUUUGUAGAUACCCAUGUGGAAAAAGCAGGGAGUGUGUUGCACCAAACACAUGCAAAUGUAAGCCUGGUUACACUGGUUCUAACUGUCAAACUGCUGUAUGUCAUCCUGCUUGCAGAAACCAUGGAAAAUGUGUUAAGCCUAACAUUUGUGAAUGUCUUCCAGGAUACGGUGGAGCAACCUGUGAUGAAGAACUUUGCAACCCACCUUGUCAACAUGGUGGCAUGUGUUUGCCCGGCAAUCUCUGCACUUGUGCUUAUGGCUUUGUAGGACCAAAGUGUGAAACAAUGAUUUGUAACAGACACUGUGAAAAUGGAGGUGAAUGUCUUGCACCAGAUAUUUGCCAGUGCAAGCCUGGGUGGUAUGGACCUACCUGUAACACAGCUUUGUGUGAUCCCGUUUGCCUCAACGGUGGUUCCUGUUACAAGCCAAACACUUGCCUCUGUCCAAAUGGAUUCUUUGGUGCACAAUGUCAGAAUGCUAUCUGUCACCCUCCCUGUAAGAAUGGUGGCCACUGUAUGAGAAAUAAUGUGUGCAUCUGUCGUGAAGGAUACACUGGUAGGAAAUGCCAAAAAAGCAUCUGUGAUCCUAUGUGCAUGAAUGGAGGAAAAUGUGUGGGACCAAACAUUUGCUCUUGCCCUUCUGGUUGGAGUGGGAAACGAUGCAGCACACCUGUUUGCUCUCAGAAAUGUAGAAAUGGUGGUGAAUGUGUCUCUCCUGGCAUAUGCCACUGUCCUCCCACCUGGGAAGGAGUGCAGUGUCAAAUCCCAAUUUCUAAUCAGCAGUGUCUUUAUGGAGGAAUAUGUGCAUUUCCCAAUGUAUGUUUUCGCCGGACUAGAUAUGCUGGAGUCAAAUGUGAAAAGAAAAUACGAGUACUUAAAAAUGUAAAGGGAAAACGAAUAUUGCAUAGUGACUUCUCAAUAUCUCUUCUACUUAGUAAUUGACUUCUAUUUAUAUUUUAUUUCCAAAAUAAAAAUAGAAGAAUUUAAGACUUGGUUUUAAACUAAAAAUAUCUUUCCACUUUGGUUUUAGUUAUUAUAUGAAAGUUUGAUGUGCACUUAAAGAAUUUCAGUGUGUACACACAAUACAAAAGACCUCUCAAAAAUAUCUUAAUGUUAAUCUAUAGCUAUUUUAUUUUUAAAACUAAUUUUAUGCUAUUUAUUACUUUAUAAAGUGCCCAAAGAUCAUGAAUAUCAAAGUUUCCUGGAGUACCAUAAUUUGAAAAAUGAUUAAAAAUUUUCUUCUUGAAGCUUGAUACUGGACAAUCUGGCUUAGAAUCAAAAUGGAUUUGUAUAUGUUGUUCUCUUAUCACUGGUAGUUAUCGUCAAAGGAUAUGGCCCUCAUUUUGAAAAUAACAGAUUCACAAUAGGGCUAUGGUUUGAAAAUUUAAAAAAAACUAAACUUAUGGGGGUACUUAUGUGAUUAGGGGUUACUUGAGAAAAAUAAAAGUAAAAGCUUAGUCUCUCUGGGUUUGAAAACAAUGCAAAUAUAUAAUACUUUAAUUUUAUUUGAGCUUCUAUGGCUCAGAAAAUCUUAUGACCUCAAAAGCUUUUCAUCUUUGAUGGUAUUAAACUAGCUUGAUUCUCUAUAUUUAUUCAUCAAGUGAAUCCUUAUGUGCUCAAUAGCACAUUAUCCUCAUCCCCAUUAAUGUGGCUUGUGAUACUGCAUCUGGAGUCCUACAAAGGAUAAAAAGAACAGAAGAUCCUGGGAAAGAUAAAGGAAAGGAGGCUAGUCAUGAAAACACUUCCUGCUUUAUUAAAACUUGAUCUCCAAAAUUCUUACCUUGAAUCUGGCUCUGUUCUCUUGCUCACUGGUGGCAUCACUUCUACUUGCUUUUAAUAUUUCUUUGGUUCUUAAAAACAAGUUAAAGAAAUUUCAUUUUAGCAUAAAAAAAGCAAGCAUCUUUUAUGGGAAUUCACAAAACCUCUAAAGCCUUCCUUUGCUCCCCUCUUCCCCAGCUUCCCAAAGGAGCACUCAGACUGGCUAAUCAGCCCCUGGCCUCUCUUCUCGUACCUUAAACUAAUAAGUGAAAAAGGAAAUGGAGGAUACUGGUUAGAUUGCGAGAAUUUUAAUAAAAUAGAGAAUUACCAGCUAGAGACAAAAGACACAGAACAAGAGGAAAAUGGACAAGGAAAGAAAGAGGUGCUAAAGAGGGUGGGAUGGUAAAAAGCUCUGAGAAGCUCACUAACCUGGUGCUAACUGCUGAAUGCACUUGAUAUUGGUCUUGCUAAUUGUUUUCUUUCUGAUUUGAAGCAAGAUACUUGACUCCUCUGAACUGCACUUUAUCAAUAAUAUGGGGCUAAUCAUAAUAACAAAUACCUGUGUGAAGUUUCUAGAACAGUCCCUGGAAUAUAGAAAGCACUAUGUAAAAGUUUGUUAUUAUUUAUUAUAUGAAAUAGAGGAAGAUAGAGAAAUGGAGAAGGGGUAGAGAGGGAAACUUAAGAGAAAAGUUACAACACAUCGUGAAUAUCUACAGUCUUUCCCAAAGGAUAUCAGAAAAAAGUUUGUUAGUUAUUAUGCAUAGAUUUUUUUAAAAUGUAAUGCUUUGCAAAGAUGGAAUCACAUAUUUUGCAAGCUUCAUUCAGUCAUAGCUGCUUUGACCUGUAAGUAUGAUCUUGAUUGGAUGACAUUUUUAGAAAAACAAUACAGAGUGUAGUGGCAAACAGAGCCAAAAGAGCUUUAUGCAUGAUGUCAUAGAGAAAGAGGGAGAAACUAAUGAAUAGGGAUUAAAGGAUUUUCUACUAUUUGUUGAAACUUCAUUUUUUUCUUCCUACUACAGAUAAAACAUCAUUGAGUAACAUCAAGUAUAUGAAUUACA